UCAACAAAAACACGUCGUCGACGUAGCAGCAACACAUAUAAACAACAACGGCCAGAGAGAAAAGAAUAUUACUACAGCCACUACUACCCUAUAUUAGUGAUUUUCAAAAGUGUGCCAAAAAGUUACCUUAAUGGUAUAUACAAAGGUAACUUUUUGGCACACUUGAAAAGUGCUACUAGGGUAUUGCCAGAAGCGCUAGCGUACGACGGCAACGACAGAGACAACGCCAGUCUAUAGUCGUCAGUCGAAAAAAAGUUUUCUUUCUAUGUUUUUGACAAAAACAACACAAUAGUUAUCAUUUUUUUAAUUUCGCUGUUUCUCUAAACAAUAAGUAACCUGGAAAAAUCGAGACAUGGCUGCACACAUAAUGCGUGGUAUUGAUAAGUUAACAAAAAGGCUAUCGUUUAUACCACAUCGUUCAAUUGGGAAUGUUGUCAAUUCGAAAAUUUUCGAUGUCGCUACGUCAGACGAUCAACCAAUUGCGAUGGAAAAUCCAUUCAAAAAGGAGCAACAGCAAUGUAUUCUCUGUAAACUCAAUAUCACACCAGACUACAAGAAUGUGAGACUUUUAUCGCAGUUCCAAAGUGUCUAUACGGGCAGAAUUUACGGGAAACAUAUAACAGGUUUAUGCGAAGCAAAACAAAAGAAGGUCGAGGCUGAGAUCUUGAAAGCUCAAAAUGCAGGUUUAAUGGGAUACUACCAAAAGGAUGUUAAGUACGCCAAAGAUCCAAAAAUAUUUGAUCCUAAUAACCCCUUCAGACCACAUAAAUACUGAGCAUUAGUAUUAAAAAUAAGUUUAUUAACUUUGUAAUAACGUUUGUGGGUAAAUAAAUCGUUAUUGUUGUACAAACGA